CUCUUUUUCUUUUCAAUUUUUCAAAUCUGGACAAUUUUCUGCUCCAAAAUUUUGAAAAACCCUCUAUAAUGGAAGCUCUGCAAUUUCUGAACUGAAGAGAUUCAUCAGUUUUUCGGCUCUUUCGUAGCAUAGAAACACUACUAGAAAUCGAAGGUUCCAGAAAAAUCUAGCUUUUUUUCUCUUUCUAUUGGUAUUUCAAAUUUAUGGUGUCAAAGUUGGGAACUUGAUGAAUGUAUAUGGAAGGAGUAUCAGUUGAGGGUUUAUUGGGAACAGCAUCUUGGACUUCUCAUGGUAGGGGUGAAGUUUAGGUAUACAUGUGGGAUUAUACUUAUCUACCGUCUCAAAGCAGGGAUAAGGUUUGCGUUUACUCUAACUGACCCCACAUGUUGAUUACACUUGGUUUAUUGUUGUUGUAGUUAGCCAGUGUUUUGUGGUAUGAAUUUUCUGAGUGACAACUGAGAAUGUUCUUGACUAUUUUUAUCCUAUAGAUGUAAAUAAAGCUAAAACAUGGGAAAGGAACUUUAUUUACUUUUGUACUCUUACCAAAUUAAGUUGAUCAUGUUCCUUUCUUCUGUUGUCCCAAUUGGUUUUGCUUUCUCAAGAGGGAGUAAUGAGUAUAUUGGUUCCUGUGGGAGGCGGAAUGCUUCGUGGACCGAUUUGCGUCUUUUUUGUUUUCCAUGUCAUUGGUUCUGUGUUCGAUCUGUUAAUUGCAUAUGGGUGACCUUUUGCUGUGUAAAUUAAGUUAGAUGAGCGGAGAAGGAUUUUAUGCUAUGGUGACUGCUAUUCUAUCUAGUAUCUAGUAUUGGGUGUAGUAGAGUGAUCAUAAUUUAUUUCUAGCCUAAUAAUCUUCAUUGACUUGACGUAAAAAAAAAAGAUAUACCCAGUUUUCAUUUGAUGGUCUUACUUAGCUAAAACAUGAGCUUCUCUAUCUCCACGAGGUAGUCUUUGUACAUUUUGCCCUCCCGAGACCCCACUUGUGAAAUUUAACUAGGUAUGUUGUUGUUGUUGUACUAAGUAAAAGCAUAAUAUUCAAUUUGAGAAGAAAAGGCUAGUGUAGAAGUAUGAUCUAAUUAGUUGGAACAUAACAUCGUUUUUAGUCCUUCUUUCUAUCCGUAAAGCUCAUAAGCUUACUGAUUACAAGGCUGAUGCAACUGACAGAGGUAAGUGUACAGUGAAAUAAAGGAAGCUAUUAAAGAAUUAGCAUUGGUGGGGGACUAGAAGGAAAUCCUUGAUCCAAGAGGCUGUAGUUCUAAGUAUGUAUCAUUGAUUUUAUUUGAACUCAUAUGCCGGCUGGGAAUGUGAAUUUCUAGUAAAUACUCAUUGAUAUAUGCAAUUUUACGUUUUCAGUUUCAGCUUUUUAAUAGGCUUUGGUGGGGAAGCUCCCAUCUAAGGAAAUCAAGAAAAGUGUAUGCUAUGUUUACUUGCUCAAGGAAUUGUUUAAUUAUGUUUACUUGACAUGUUUUACCAUUUCUCAACAGAAGCCCCAAUUUGAUUUGGCUUGUUUGAGGCCUUGGAUAAGUUCAAUAAUUUUCCGUUUGGAAUUUUUUUUUACUAAGAAUGUAAUUUGGUUAUUGAUUUAAUGGGUGCAGGAAUCUAAUAUUUUGUUACUUUUGUCAUUAUCGUGUAUUCAUUGCGUUGUCAUCCCUUCUAUGUCUAUGUCAAACAGCUAAAUAACAAAUUUAUGGUCUCUGAAGCACUGCAAUAGUCUUUCAUGGCUACCACACUUGCAUGUGCAUCAUCUCUGCCAUGGAUUUGGGUGAUUGAAGCAUUGGCAAGUUCCCGUGAGAUUGACACAUCUUUACUCAUCAAUUUGGUUAAGAAGACUCCUGCAAUCUCUGAUGAUCUGGGGAGAAAUGCAAGGGAAAUGGUUUCCUUGAGACUUUUAGAGAGCUUAUUUGUUCGGGAAAACUCAGAUGCAAAUAGUGUCGCUUCAGUUCCAGGUGACAAAGUUGAACUUGAUCCGUCAAGGGACUGCGAAGAUGUCCUUCGCUGCAUAUUGUUGGAGGUGUCUGCAUCAAAUCUAAAAACAGCUACUCCAGAUAUGUUAAAGUGGGAUGUUCUGUCGUUCAUUACGAAAAAGAGAUCUAUCUUGUCAAAGAGUCACUUGCAACAAUUUAAAGAUGCGAUUGUGAAAUCGACGACUUCUUUUUCCACUUCCUUGAAAGAAAGAAGUGGAUUGGAGUUGGGGAACCACUACAGAGACGGUGUUACUGCUGAUGCUAUUGAUUCUGAUGGCUUUAAGCAGGGACGUAAAAUAGGAGGUGUGAAUACCCGACAUGCUGCACCAACUGAGAACUUGGAUACUUUAAUACAGGGCAACAAGAAUGGCCUGCAAGAAAAUCAGCCUGGAAGCUCUCUGCUGCCUGUUAAGAGAAGUUUUGAUGCCCCUACUGCUUAUGAAAUAGAAGUCAAUAAAACUAAAGCCAUACCAGAGAUAAGUUCUGAUCCAUGUGCAAAGGCAGCCAAAAAGUUUAAGCAGGAUGUUGCUGGUUUCAUUCAGAACACUGUUCCUGAUUUGAUAUCGUCUCAAAGAGGUGGAGUCCCAGCAGAAUCAUGUGGAGGAAGUCAAUCUAUUGUUCAAAAAAGGAACUCGAAAGGUGAUGGUACCCUCGAAGCAAAUGGAUGCCUGAAGGAUGGUAAAGCAAAGCAUGCUGGAUCAGCAAGUGUUUUAUGUGGCAUUGACUCUAGUAUCAAGGAUCUGUUGCCUCAAAGAAUGAGUUCAGACAAGAAGUUCAAAAAUAUUGGAAGUAGCAGUAAUUGUUGUCCUGAACAGGGAAUAUCAAGUGACUCAUCCCUGCGUGUGAUUCAGCAGGAUUCUCGCACUUGUGGCUCCAAAGGUGACCUGGAUUAUAAUCUUCCACGAGAUCUGCAAAAUGGCGAACCUUCUAAUGCAGACAAAGAGAAUAUUGAGCAAAGUCGUGAAUCUGAGUUCUCUAGUGAUACUGAUGAGUAUCACUAUGAGAGUACUGCUCUUGCUUCACAUAAAAAUGAUUUUUUGAACUUGCAAUACGCUCAGGGUGAAGAUUCUUUGGCAAUUAUUGACUGUACAGAGCUUAAUCUUUGUGUGAAGUGUAACAAGGGGGAAAAUUUAUUAGUUUGUAGUUCUGAUACUUGCUCUUUGGUGGUUCAUGAAAGUUGCUUGGUUUCUGCACCCAACUUUGAUUACAAAGGAAGCUUCUAUUGCCCCUUUUGUGCAUAUUCUCGAGCCAUUUCUGAGUACCUGGAAUGUAAGAAGAAGGUCUCACUUGCUAGGAAUGAUUUGGCUGCAUUUAUUGGCAUGGGAGCUGGAAAACAAUCAAAGAAGUCACUACCUAGGUCACAAGUUAUGAAGAAGCAUCAAUCUCGAGAGGGUAAGAAUUCAUUGAAUGAGGUCACAGAAGCAGGAAGUGCUCCAGCCGAUAGGAGUUCUGUCGGAGCUCAAGUCAUUCAAACCAGUGCUCCUAAACCAGAGCCUUCUCUACCUUGCAAUGAAAAAAUGAGGAAUUCAUUGAAUGAGGUCACAGAAGCAGGAAGUGCUCCAGCCGACAGGAGUUCUGUCAGAGCUCAAGUCAUGCAAACUGGUGCACCUCAACCAGGAACUUCUCUACCCCACAAUGAUAGUGGGAGGAAUUCGUUGAAUGAGGUCAGAGAAGCAGGAAGUGCUCCACCCUACCGGAGUUCUGUCGGAGCUCAAGUCAUGCAAACUGGUUCACCUCAACCAGAGGCUUCUCUACCUGAACAAUGCUUAGUAGCUGGUCAACAACCCGACAAAUCACCUCUUAGAUGUCAGAGAUCAAGACAUAGAUCAAGACAGAAUCAGUCCAGAUCGGAAGAAGAAUUGUGUCAUGAUGAGAAUAGAAACAAAAAUUCUUUGGAGAAGGCUGAACCAGCAGGAAGUCAUCCAGUAACUAGAAAUUCUAUGCAUGCGGAGGUCACGCAGGUCCAUCCACCUCAACCACAUGUUCCUCAUGAACAUGUGUGCCAAGAAAGUUCUUCUAUAGAAGUAAGUUCUGAAGAAGAGCAAGAUGAGAUAGGUUCCGGAUACCUUGUACAAUUUAGGAAUCAAGAAAACAAUUUCUGUCCCUGGAUUCCUCAAAUGAGGAGGAAGAAGCUCCCAUGGACAAAAAUGGAGGAGGAAACAUUAAAGGAGGGAUUGCUACGAUUCUCACAUUUUCAUGAUAGAUGGAAGAGGAUUCUAGAUUUUGGAGGUGAUGUUUUCAUGAAAGGUAGGACACCGGGGGACCUCAAAGAUAAGUGGAGAAACAUUAGCAAAGCAGACGAGAAAGAAACAUAAAGGUUUCUUUUUUAAAAUAGACUCUAUAUAUAUGUAUUUGUUGUCUAAAAUUGUUGAGUGCUUUAUGUUGCUAAAGUCUCUUCGAUGGUAGUUUUUGUUAGAAUUUUUUUUGGAAUGAAUUAAGGUAAGAAGCCAAAAUUAGAAGUUCCCAUGCAGCUUCCAGAAAAUAGCAUUUUGUUAUGAACUUUUCUCUAGGUUAAGUGUAGAAACGUUGAAAUUCCUGCUUGUAAAUGUUUUGAAGAUUUAAUAACAACCUUGUUUAGCAAGUCUACCA